GGGGCUGUCCGGGGAGGCGGCGCUGGCUCCGGGGCUCUGGCGGGCCUGCGCGGGCCGGAGCCCGAGGACCGCGGCGCGAUUCUUGCUGAAAUCUGUUAAGUCUACUACUGAGCAGUUAUGAAUAACCACGCAUCUUCAAAACCAUCUACCAUGAAGCUAAAACAGUCCAUCAACCCCAUACUUUUAUACUUCAUACACUUUGUAAUAUCACUCUAUACUAUCUUAACGUACAUUCCAUUUUAUUUUUUAUCUGAGUCAAGACAAGAGAAGUCAAACCAAAUUAAAGCAAAGCCCGUCAGUUCUGACCCUGACUCUGCAUACAGAUCUGUUCAGAGUCUGGAUGGCUUGGUUUCCGUGCUGUACCCUGGCUGUGACACGCUGGACAAAGUUUUCAUGUAUGCAAAAAACAAAUUUAAGGACAAAAGACUCUUGGGAACACGUGAAGUUUUAAGUGAGGAAGAUGAAGUACAACCAAACGGAAAAAUUUUUAAGAAGGUUAUUCUUGGACAGUAUAAUUGGCUUUCCUAUGAAGAUGUCUUCAUUCGAGCCCUUGAUUUUGGAAAUGGUUUACAGAUGUUGGGCCAGCAACCAAAGACCAACAUUGCCAUUUUCUGUGAGACCAGGGCAGAGUGGAUGAUCGCUGCGCAGGCGUGCUUCAUGCACAAUUUUCAGCUUGUUACCUUGUACGCCACUCUCGGAGGUCCCGCCAUCGUGCACGGACUGAAUGAGACGGAGGUGACGAACAUCAUCACUAGUAAAGAACUCUUACAGACAAAGUUGAAGGAUAUAGUUUCUUUGGUCCCACGCUUGCGGCACAUCAUCACUGUUGACGGGAAGCCACCAACUUGGUCAGAAUUCCCCAAGGGUGUCAUUGUACACUCCAUGGCUGCAGUGCAGGCUCUGGGAGCCAAGGCCAGCAUGGAACACAAACCUCACAGCAGACCUGUGCCCUCGGAUAUCGCAGUGAUCAUGUACACAAGUGGAUCCACAGGGAUCCCCAAAGGCGUCAUGAUCUCGCACAGUAACAUCAUUGCCGGCAUAACGGGGAUGGCGAGAAGGAUUCCUAAGCCAGGAGAGGAAGAUGUCUACGUUGGCUAUUUGCCCCUGGCUCACGUCCUGGAGUUAAGUGCCGAGCUUGUCUGUCUUUCUCAUGGGUGCCGCAUCGGCUACUCUUCACCACAGACCUUAGCUGACCAGUCUUCAAAAAUAAAGAAAGGAAGCAAGGGAGAUACAUCCAUGUUGAAACCCACGUUGAUGGCAGCUGUUCCGGAAAUCAUGGAUCGGAUCUACAAAAAUGUCAUGAAUAAAGUGAAUGAAAUGAGUAGUUUCCAACGGAAUUUGUUUAUUUUGGCCUAUAAUUACAAAAUGGAACAGAUUGCCAAAGGGCAUAGUACUCCACUGUGUGACCGCUUUGUUUUCCGGAAGGUCCGAAACUUGCUAGGUGGAAAUAUUCGCCUUUUAUUGUGUGGUGGCGCUCCUCUCUCUGCUACCACACAGCGCUUCAUGAACAUCUGUUUUUGCUGUUCCGUUGGUCAGGGAUAUGGACUCACUGAAUCAACUGGAGCUGGAACAAUUACAGAAGCGUGGGACUUCACCACUGGCCGAGUGGGAGCGCCGCUCGCGUGCUGUGAGAUCAAGCUACAGGACUGGGAAGAAGGUGGGUAUUUUAACACUGAUAAACCACAUCCCAGAGGUGAAAUUCUUAUUGGUGGCCAAAAUGUGACAAUGGGAUACUACAAAAAUGAAGCAAAAACAAAAGCUGAUUUCUUUGAAGAUGAAAAUGGGCAGCGAUGGCUCUGUACUGGGGACAUUGGCGAGUUUGACCCUGAUGGUUGUUUGAAGAUUAUUGAUCGUAAGAAAGACCUUGUAAAACUACAGGCAGGAGAAUACGUUUCCCUGGGGAAAGUAGAGGCAGCUUUGAAGAAUCUCUCCUUGAUAGACAACAUUUGUGCGUAUGCAAACAGUUAUCAUUCUUACGUCAUCGGAUUUGUUGUGCCAAAUCAAAAGGAACUUACAGAACUAGCUCAAAGGAAGGGACUGAAAGGGACAUGGGAGGAGCUAUGUAACAGCAGUGAGAUGGAGAAUGAGGUCCUCAAAGUGCUCUCGGAGGCUGCUGCUUCAGCAAGUUUGGAAAAGUUUGAAAUUCCAGUAAAAAUUCGUUUGAGCCCUGAACCGUGGACCCCUGAAACCGGCCUGGUGACAGAUGCUUUCAAGUUGAAACGCAAAGAGCUGAAAACACAUUACCAGGCGGACAUUGAGCGGAUGUACGGGAGGAAGUAAUCAGUGUGUGCAAUCAUGGCUGCAGUGAGCUCAGAUCAAAUAGGAAAAUACUUGAAAUGCAUGUCUCGGACCUUGAGGCAAACUCCAUUCCUCAUAAGCCCAAGCUGUUACUUCUCGUGGCACAUCUUUCUGACUGGCAGGAUUAGUAAAAGACUAAGACAGCAACCCGUGUCUGUCUCUCUUAUUUUCUUCUCUUCCAGUUCACUUUGCCACCUAUGACUGACUGGUCAGCAGGAGGAUUUUCCUGAGUCAUACUGGGGAAGCAGGAAUUUUAAACCUGGAGUUUUCAAACACGAUUUCUAUGUUCUGUACAAUGUUCAGUUUGUAACUUUUAAAAGUUUGAAUGUAUAGAAGGAUAAAUAGGAAAUAUAAAAAUUGGUUAUGGGGGGGGCUUUUUUACUUAUUGUAUUUAAAAAUAAAAGUAUCAAUGUGAAAUUAUGUAAAUUUCAAAUGCUUAUGAAUCAAGUUGUUGUUGAACAAAAGAUAUGUUGCUGUGUAAUUAUUGUCUUGUAUGCAUUUGAGAGAAAUAAAUAUACUCAUAACUAUGUUUUAAGAAAUUGACAUAAA